AUGUCGUCGCCCGCCCCCUCCAGCACCGGUGGCGCCAAGGAGAAGAAGCCCCUCGAGCAGAUCACAUUCCGCUUCUGCUCGGAAUGCAGCAACAUGUUGUACCCCCGCGAGGCCGAAGACGAGAACAAGCUGCUCUUCACCUGCCGCACCUGCAACUUUUCCGAGCCCGCCACGUCGACUUGCAUCUACCGCAACAUUUUGAACAACGCUGCCGGCGAGACCGCUGGUGUCACGCAGGAUGUCGGCUCUGAUCCCACGCUCCCAAGAGCCAUCAACGAAUGCCCUGCCUGCCACCACCCGGAAGCCGUCUUUUUCCAGUCCCAGCAGCGUACUUCGGAAACCGGCAUGAAACUCUUCUACGUCUGCUGCGAUUGCGGUAACAUUUACCAGUAG